AUGGAACAGCUGUUGGCCAAAGAACCUCCACCUAAAAUGAAGAAAGAGGAGUGGAUCCAGCUUGUAAAGUACUGGUGUGACCCAAAGAAUCAGGAGAAAUCUGAAAAGAAUAAAGUAAACCGAUCCAAGGUGCAGUUUCACCAAAAAACUGGUUCUAGGUCCUACAUAGCUUAUCGAUACAGCCUGAUAAUACUAUUGCUUUCACUUCGGGGCACUUUUGGGGUGCUUUUGGGAAAACUGAGAAAGAUGGAUGAAAAGGGCAAGGCUCUUUCUGAUACUAAACAUUUUGCUUCUUGUACUAGGCCUAAGUACAAUAACAGCGAUCCAGAUGCUGUAGAGUUCUUUGGGGAAUGUAUGAAUAGUUCCAAAACUGGUCGCACUCCUCUUGCCAAUGAAAUAUAUGAACGGAUGGUGGCAGAGAAGGAUAGAGAGCCAGAAGAAGGAGAAGCAAAAAAAUCUCCCACCAAGAUUGUUGAUGAAACUCUUAGCGAGAUCAGCCGCUCAUCCACAUUUCUUCCUAACAUUGGUGCCCCUCGACCAUCAAAGAAUGCUCAGUCCUCAUCGACAGCAGCACAAGCACGCAUUCGAGCUGAGUUUGAGGCAAGCCUCCAAGCUGAAAGAGAGGAAGCUGCUAGGAAGCGGGAAGAGUUGCAGGCACAGCUUGAAGCUCAGCAGGCCGCACUUGAAGAAAACCAAAAUUUGCUACGGCAGACCCAAGAGGAAGUGAGGGGGGUGACUAGCAGGUUUGAGGAGACUAAUGCGCUGCUGCGAGCUGUCCUGAAACUUCAGAAAGAUUGAGGUAUGACUGUAGUUUCUGAGGAUGAGGCCUUUGUCUAAGCUUUUGCUACAUUGCUUCAACUUAGUCUGUGCUUGGAA